GCUGCAAGCAGAGAGGGAUUCCUCGGAGGUCAUCUGCUCCAUCUUCUUGCCUAUGCAAAUGCCUGCCUGAAGCUGCUGGAGGCUGGCUUUGUACCAGACUUUGUACAGGGAACCAGGGAAAUGAAUGCAGAGUGCUCCUGAUAUUGCCUAUCACUUUUUCCCAUGAUACUCUGGCUUCACAGUUUGGAGACUGCCAGGGACCAUGUUUUGCCCAUUGACUAUUACUUUCCACCCCAGAAGACCUGCCUGAUCUGUGGAGAUGAAGCUUCUGGGUGUCACUAUGGAGCUCUCACAUGUGGAAGCUGCAAGGUCUUCUUCAAAAGAGCCGCCGAAGGGAAACAGAAGUACCUGUGUGCCAGCAGAAAUGAUUGCACUAUUGAUAAAUUCCGAAGGAAAAAUUGUCCAUCUUGCCGUCUUCGGAAAUGUUAUGAAGCAGGGAUGACUCUGGGAGCCCGGAAGCUGAAGAAACUUGGUAAUCUGAAACUACAGGAGGAAGGAGAGGCUUCCAGCACCACCAGCCCCACUGAGGAGACAGCCCAGAAGCUGACAGUGUCACACAUUGAAGGCUAUGAAUGUCAGCCCAUCUUUCUGAAUGUCCUGGAAGCCAUUGAGCCAGGUGUGGUGUGUGCUGGACAUGACAACAACCAGCCCGACUCCUUCGCAGCCUUGCUCUCUAGCCUCAAUGAACUGGGAGAGAGACAGCUUGUACAUGUGGUCAAGUGGGCCAAGGCCUUGCCUGGCUUCCGCAACUUACACGUGGACGACCAGAUGGCUGUCAUUCAGUACUCCUGGAUGGGGCUCAUGGUGUUUGCCAUGGGCUGGCGAUCCUUCACCAAUGUCAACUCCAGGAUGCUCUACUUUGCCCCUGAUCUGGUUUUCAAUGAGUACCGCAUGCACAAGUCCCGGAUGUACAGCCAGUGUGUCCGAAUGAGGCACCUCUCUCAAGAGUUUGGAUGGCUCCAAAUCACCCCCCAGGAAUUCCUGUGCAUGAAAGCGCUGCUACUCUUCAGCAUUAUUCCAGUGGAUGGGCUGAAAAAUCAAAAAUUCUUUGAUGAACUUCGAAUGAACUACAUCAAGGAACUCGAUCGUAUCAUUGCAUGCAAAAGAAAAAAUCCCACAUCCUGCUCAAGGCGUUUCUACCAGCUCACCAAGCUCCUGGACUCCGUGCAGCCUAUUGCGAGAGAGCUGCAUCAGUUCACUUUUGACCUGCUAAUCAAGUCACACAUGGUGAGCGUGGACUUUCCGGAAAUGAUGGCAGAGAUCAUCUCUGUGCAAGUGCCCAAGAUCCUUUCUGGGAAAGUCAAGCCCAUCUAUUUCCACACCCAGUGAAGCAUUGGAAAUCCCUAUUUCCUCACCCCAGCUCAUGCCCCCUUUCAGAUGUCUUCUGCCUGUUAUAACUCUGCACUACUCCUCUGCAGUGCCUUGGGGAAUUUCCUCUAUUGAUGUACAGUCUGUCAUGAACAUGUUCCUGAGUUCUAUUUGCUGGGCUUUUUUUUCCUCUUUCUCUCCUUUCGUUUUCUUCUUCCCUCCCUAUCUAAUCCUCCCAUGGCAACUUCAGACUUUGCUCCCCAUUGUGACUCCUAUCUGUGUUUUGAAUGGUGUUGUAUGCCUUUAAAUCUGUGAUGAUCCUCAUGUGGCCCAGUAUCAAGUUGUGCUUGUUUACAGCACUACUCUCUGCCAGCCACACAAACGUUUACUUAUCUUAUGCCACGGGAAGUUUAGAGAGCUAAGAUUAUCUGGGGAAAUCAAAACAAAAGCAAGUAAAAAAAAAAAAAAAAAAAAGGCAAAAACAAAACGAAAAAUAAGCCAAAAAACCUUGCUAGUGUUUUUUCCUCAAAAAUAAAUAAAUAAAUAAAUAAUUACACACAUACAAACAAAUAUAUAGAAAUCCCCAAAGAGGCCAAUAGUGACUAGAAGGUGAAAAUUGCAGGCCCCUGGGGAGUUACUGAUUUUUUCAUCUCCUCCCUCCAUGGGAGACUUUAUUUUCUGCCAAUGGCUGUUGCCAUUAGAGGGCAGAGUGACCCCAGAGCUGAGUUGGGCAGGGGGCUGGACAGAGAGAGAGGAGAGGACAAGGAGGGCAGAUGGAACAUCAGUACCUGCCCACAGCCUUGGCCCCUGGGGGCUAGACUGCUCAACUGUAGAGCAAUUCAUUAUACUGAAAAUGUGCUUGUUGUUGAAAAUUUGUCUGCAUGUUAAUGCCUCACCCCCAAACCCUUUUCUUUCUCACUCUCUGCCUCCAACCUCAAAUUGACUUUCAAUAGUUUUUCUAAGACCUUUGAACUGAAUGUUCUCUUUAGCCAAAACUUGGUGACUUCCACAGAAAAGUCAGACCACUGAGAAGAAGGGGAGCAGAGAUUUAACCCUUUGUAAGGCCCCGUUUGAAUCCAGGUCUGCUUUCUCAUGUGUGAGUCAGAGAGGAGCUGGAGCCAGAGGAGAAGAAAGUGAUAGCUUGACUGUUCUCCUGCUUAGGACACUGACUGAAUAGUUAAACUUUCACUGCCACUACAUUUUCCCCACCUUUAAAAGACCUGAAUGAAGUUUUCUGCCAAACUCCGUGAAGCCACAAGCACCUUAUGUCCUCCAUUCAGUGUUUUGUAGGCCCGAACUUCAUCACACUGCAUUUCAGCCAUGGUGGUCAAGCCUGUUUGCUUCUUUUGGGCAUGUUCACAGAUUCUCUGUUAAGAGCUCCCCCUAUCAAGAAGGUUAGCAGGCCAACAGCUCUGACAUCUAUCUGUAGAUGCCAGUAGUCACAAAGAUUUCUUACCAACUGUCAGAUCGCCGGAGCCCUUAGACAAACUGGAAAGAAGGCAUCAAAGGGAUCAGACAAACUGGGUGUCUUGUCCUUGUCCCCCAGAGAUGACAUCCUUCCAGCAAGUGGAGAAGUUCUCACUUCCUUCUUUAGAGCAGCUAAAGGGGCUGCCCAGAUCAGGGUUGAAGAGAAAACUCAAUUACCAGGGUGGGAAGAAUGAAGGCACUAGAACCAGAAACCCUGCAAAUGCUCUUCUUGCCACCCAGCAUAUCCACCUGCAGAAGUCAUGAGAAGAGAGAAGGAACAAAGAGGAGACUUUGACUACUGAAUUAAAAUCUUCAGCGGCAAAGCCUAAAGUCAGAUGGACACCAUCUGGUGAGUUCACUCAUCAUCCUCCUCUGCUGCUGAUUCUGGGCUCUGACAUUGCCCAUACUCACUCAGAUUCCCCACCUUUGUUGCUGCCUCUUAGUCAGAGGGAGGCCGAACCAUUGAGACUUUCUAUAGAACCAUGGUUUCUUCCGGAAAGGUCUGGUUGGUGUGACUCCAAUACAUUGCCACCCAUGAACUCAAGGUGUGCCCUGGGACACUGGUUUCAUCUAGUCUUUUGGCACGCCUGUGUUCUGUUGACUUCAUUCUCCAACCCCAAGUGCAAGGGAAAAUGUCCACCUACUUUCUCAUCUUGGCCACUGCCUCCUUACUUAGCUCUUAAUCUCAUCUGUUGAACUCAAGAAAUCAAGGGCCAGUCAUCAAGCUGCCCAUUUUAAUUGGUUCACUCUGUUUGUUGAGAGGAUAGUUUCUGAGUGACAUGAUAUGAUCCACAAGGGUUUCCUUCCCUGAUUUCUGCAUUGAUAUUAAUAGCCAAACGAACUUGCAAAACAGCUUCUUUAAAUAACAAGGGAGAGGGGAACCUAAGAUGAGUAAUAUGCCAAUCCAAGACUGCUGGACAAAACUAAAGCUAACAGGUUCCCUUUCUGGGAUGGGAUAGACACAUUCUGGUUUUCUUUAUUACUACACCAUCUGGCUCAUGUACAGGAUCACUUUUAGCUGUUUUAAACAGAAAAAAAUUCCACCACUCUUUUCAGUUACACUAGGUUACAUUUUAAUAGGUCCUUUACAUCUGUUUUGGAAUGAUUUUCAUCUUUUGUGAUACAUGGAUUGAAUUAUAUCAUUCUCAUAUCUCUCCUUGUAAAUACUAGAAGCUCUCCUUUACAUUUCUCUAUCAAAUGUUUCAUCUUUAUGGGUUUCCCAGUUGUGACUCUUGUCUCUUUGAAUAUAUGAAUAUAUGUUUUUCAUUUGCAAAAGCCAAAAAUCAGUGAAACAGCAGUGUAAUUAAAAGCAACAACUGGAUUACUCCAAAUUUUCAAAUGACAAGACUAGGGAAAAAUAGCCUACACAAGGCUUUAGGCCUUCUCUUUCUGUGCUUGGAUUUGAGUGAACAAAGGAGGUUUUAGCUUGGCUCUGUUCUCCCAUGGAUGAAAGGAGGAGGAUUAUUUUUUUUUCUUUUGUCCAUUGAUGUUCUAGCCAAUGUAAUUGACAGAAGUCUCAUUUUGCAUGCACUCUGCUCUACAAACAGAGUUGGUAUGGUUGGUAUACUGUACUCACCUGUGAAGGACUGGCCACUCAGACCCACUUAACUGGCGAGCUAGAAGAUGAGGAUCACUCACCGGAAAAGUCAUGAGGACCAUCUCCAAACAAGUUGGCAGUGCUUGAUGUGGAUGAAGAGUGAGGAAGAGAAAAAGAAGGAGCACCAGGGAGAAGACCUCGUCUGUGCCAGGCAGCAGACUGCUGCCAGGAUCACGAACUCUGUAGUCAAAGAAAAGAGUCGUGUGGCGGUUUCAGCUCUCGUUCAUUGGGCAGCUCGCCUGGGCCCAGCCUCUGUGUUGACAUGGGAGUUGUUGGAUUCUUUGUUUCAUAGCUUUUUCUAUGCCACAGGCAAUGUUGUUGUUCUUGGAAAGUUUAUUAUUUUUUUUUUUGAUUCCCUUACUCUGAGAAAGGGAUAUUUUGAAGGACUGUCAUAUAUCUUUGAAAAAAGAAAAUCUGUAAUACAUAUAUUUUUAUGUAUGUUCACUGGCACUAAAAAAAUAUAGAGAGCUUCAUUCUGUCCUUUGGGUAGUUGCUGAGGUAAUUGUCCAGGUUGAAAAACAAUGUGCUGAUGCUAGAGUCCCUCUCUGUCCAUACUCUACUUCCAAAUGGAUAUAGGCAUACAUAAUAAGUUUUAUUCGACUUGUACUUUAAGAGAAAAUAUGUCCACCAUCCACAUGAUACUGACACAAAUGAGCUAACAUUGAGCUUCAAGUAGCUUCUAAGUGUUCGUUUCACUAGGCACAGCACAGAUGUGGCCUUUCCCCCCUUCUCUCCCUUGAUAUCUGGCAGGGCAUAAGGCCCAGGCCACUUCCUCUGCCCCUUCCCAGCCCUGCACCAAAGCUGCAUUUCAGGAGACUCUCUCGAGACAGUCCAGUAACUACCGGAGCAUGGCCCCUGCAUAGCCCUGGAAAAAUAAGAGGCUGGCUGUCUACGAAUCAUCUUGUGCCAGUUGCCCAGGUGAGAGGGCACUGGGCCAAGGGAGUGGUUUUCAUGUUUGACCCACUACAAGGGGUCAUGGGAAUCAGGAAUGCCAAAGUACCAGAUCAAAUCCAAAACUUAAAGUCAAAAUAAGCCAUUCAGCAUGUUCAGUUUCUUGGAAAAGGAAGUUUCUACCCCUGAUGCCUUUGUAGGCAGAUCUGUUCUCACCAUUAAUCUUUUUGAAAAUCUUUUAAAGCAGUUUUUAAAAAGAGAGAUGAAAGCAUCACAUUAUGUAACCAAAGAUUACAUUGUAUCUGCUAAGAUACCAAAAUUCACAAGGGCAGGGAGGGAGCAAGCAUUAGUGCCUCUUUGAUAAGCUGUCCAAAGACAGACUAAAGGACUUUGCUGGUGACUGACUUAUAAGAGUUUUGUGGGGUUUUUUUUCCCUAAUAAUAUACAUGUUUGGAAGAGUUGAAAAUAAUUUUGGGAAAAUGGGUUUAUGGGUCCUUCACUAAGUGAUUUUAUAAGUAGAACUGGCUUUCCUUUUCUUUAGUAGUUGCUGAGCAAAUUCUUGAAGCUCCAUCAUUGCAUGGUUGGAAAUGGAGCUAUUCUUAGCCACUGUGUUUGCUAGUGCCCAUGUUAGCUUAUCUGAAGAUGUGAAACCCUUGCUGAUAAGGAAUCAUUUAAAGUACUAGAUUUUGCACUAGAGGGACAGCAGGCAGAAAUCCUUAUUUCUGCCCACUUUGGAUGGCACAAGAAGUUAUCUGCAGUUGAAGGCAGAAAGUUGAAAUAUAUUGUAAAUGAAUAUUUGUAUUCAUGUUUCAAAAUUGAAAUAUAUAUAUAUUUUAUAUAUAUAUAUAUAUACACACACACACAUAUAUAUAGUGUGUGUGUGUGUGUGUGUGCACGUGUGUGUGUUCUGAUAGCUUUACCUUUCUCUGGAUCUUUAUAUUUGGUUCCAGAUCACACCUGAUGCCAUGUACUUGUGAGAGAGGAUGCAGUUAUGUUAUGGAAGCUCUCUCAGAACAGACAAGACAUGUAGAUUAAUCAGAUAACUAAAAGUUUUCUCCCCUAUUGGGUCUGACCCACAGGUCCUGUGAAGGAGCAGAGGGGUAAAAAGAGUAGAGGACAUGAUACAUUGUACUUUACUAGUUCAAGACAGAUGAAUGCGGAAAGUGUAAAAACUCAGUGGAACUGAUUGAGAUUUACCACAGGGAAGGCCCAAACUUGGGGCCAAAAGCCUACCCAAGUGAUUGACCAGUGGCGCCCUAAUGGGACCUGAGCUAUUGGGAGAAGAGAACUGUUCUUUGGUCUUCACCAUCCUUGUGAGAGAAGGACAGUUUCCUGCAUUGGAACCUGGAGCAAGCGCUCCAUCUUUCACACAAAUUCCCUCACCUGAGAUUGAGGUGCUCCUGUUAAUGGGUGUCUGUGUGCUGUAAUUCUGGUUUUGGAUAUGUUCUGUAAAGAUUUUGACAAAUGAAAAUAUGUUUUUAUCUGUUAAAACUUGUCAGAGUACUAGAAGUUGUAUCUCUGUAGGUGCAGGUCCAUUUCUGCCCACAGGUAGGGUGUUUUUCUUUGACUAAGAGAUUGACACCGGGAUCUGUUGCCCCAGGGCCUCCCAACUCAACCAUUUCUAGGUGAAGGCAGAAAAAUCCACAUUAGUCACUCCUCUUCAGACAUUUCAGCUGAGAUAACAAAUCAUUUGGAAUUUCUUCACCCAUAGAAAGAGUGGUAGAUAUUUGAAUUUAGUAGGUGGAGUUUUAUAGAAAAAACAGCUUUUGCCUCAGUUUUGAUUUAUCCUCAUUUGAUUUGGCCAGAAUGUAGGUAAUAUGCAUCGAUUGGCUUCUGAUUCCAAUUCAGUAUAGCAGGGUGCUGGGUUUUUUCUUUUCCCCACCCGUCUCUUAGCCUAGGGAAUUAAAUAAGAAGCCUUAGAAUGGGUGGCCUUUGUGACCUGAAACACUUCCUACAUAAGCUACUUAACAAGAUUGUCAUGUAGCUGCAGAUUCCUUUGCCCACCAAAGACUAGAACACACGCAUAUCCAUAAACCAAAGGAAAGACAGCUCUGAAAGGCUGUUUCUCUGGUGGUUCCCUCUCUGGCUGUUGCUUCACAGUAUGGGAACCUGUACUCUGCAUAGGUGACAGGCCAGAUUUGCAUUCUCUUACAACCUUAGCCCUUGGUGUUAACUGUCCUACAGUGAAGUGCCUGUGGAGUUGUCCUAUCCCAGAAGCCACUUGGAUGCUGAGAGCAGCCACCAUCAGAACGACCCACGCGAAAAAAAAAAAGAAAAUUAAAAAGUCCCCUCACAACCCAGUGACACCUUUCUGCUUUCCUCUAGACUGGAACAUUGAUUAGGGAGUGCCUCAGACAUGACAUUCUUGUGCUGUCCUUGGAAUUAAUCUGACAGCAGGAGGGAGCAGACUAUGUAAACAGAGAUAAGAAUUAAUUUUCAAAGUUGAAGGGAAAAAAAAGAAAGAAAAAAGAAGAGAGAGAGAAAGAAAGCAUCAUACAAAGAUUUUCUUAAAAGAAACAAUUUUGCUUGAAAUUUCUUUAGAUGGGGCUCAGUUGUCACAGUGGCACUUGGCCUCCACUGGGCAGCAGGACCAGCUCCAAGCGCUAGUGUUCUGUUCUCUUUUUGUAAUCUUGGAAUCUUUUGUUGCUCUAAAUACAAUUAAAAAUGGCAGAAACUUGUUUGUUGGACUAAAUGUGUGACUUUGGGUCUGUCUCUGCCUCUGCUUUCAGAAAUGUCAUCCAUUGUGUAAAAUAUUGGCUUGCUGGUCUGCCAGCUAAAACUUGGCCACAUCCCCUGUUGUGGCUGCAGGAUCGAGUUAUUGUUAACAAAGAGACCCAAGAAAAGCUGCUAAUGUCCUCUUAUCAUUGUUGUUAAUUUGUUAAAACAUAAAGAAAUCUAAAAUUU